UGUGAGGCGUUGAGUUGACGAGUUCUCUUCGUUCCUAAAGAUUAGGGUGGACGUUUUAAAAAAAUAAAACCCAACAGAAUUCCAUGUAACUCAUUUGCAGUCGUCUUCAAAUCUUAAAAUUCAUUCUAAGUGGAAUGAGCACAAGUUCGUCCGUCGUACAACUCGGUGCCGUUUCGUCCAUGUCAGGCCCACAUUCAAUCUUGGAGAUUGGCGAAAGAAACGAACAAACACCUUCGUCUUCAGAAAAUGAUACAACAGUUCACCAAGAUGGUCCAUCUCAUACAGAGAGUAACCAUAAAGAAGCAGCUAGAAGUUUAACUCCUAUGAAUCAGCAUGAUCCAUCUUCCGAUCCAAACGACUGCAUUCCUCAACAUGAUGAUGAGCUCAGUUCCUCUGAGGAUGUUGCUACAGGUUCUAGUAAAAAAGAAAAGAGACCACCCCCGCUUGAGAUGGCUCAAGAUCCUUCUCUUGCAACGGGAGAGGGCCCAAAAACUCCUUUAUCUCCACGAGCUAGAUCUGCUGGUACAUUAAAAACAGAUAGAGAAAAGAAACUUGGUCAUCGGAGAGUAGGAGAGGGAGGUGAAGUGACAUAUAAAAAAAUUCACACUUCUCAAAUUAUGGGUUCAAUUCAACUGGGUAUCAGUCAUGCUGUUGGAGGACUGGCAUCAAAACCUGAAAGAGACCUCUUGAUGCAAGAUUUCAUGACUAUUGAAACAACAAAUUUUUAUUCACAAGGAUCACAGCUAACACCUGCACAUCAUUACUCAGAUUUUCGUUUCAAAUCAUUUGCGCCUAUCGCCUUCCGAUAUUUUCGAGAUCUCUUCGGCAUUCAGCCCGACGACUUCUUGUUAUCGCUUUGCAACGAACCGCUAAGAGAAUUGACUAAUCCGGGAGCAAGCGGAUCUAUUUUCUACCUAUCGGCAGACGACGAAUUCAUUAUAAAAACUGUACAACACAAAGAGGGAGAAUUUCUUAUGAAGUUGCUCCUUGGUUAUUAUAUGAACCUUAAUCAGAAUCCUCGAACGCUAUUGCCUAAAUUUUUCGGAUUGUAUUGUUACAUAUGCAACUCGAAGAACGUACGGAUGGUGGUUAUGAACAAUUUGCUACCAUCUUCGAUAAAACUUCACGAGAAAUACGAUCUCAAGGGUUCUACAUAUAAAAGAAAAGCUUCAAAAUCAGAGCGGAGUAAAACAGUGCCCACUUUCAAGGACCUGGAUUUCCUAGAACUUCAUCCAGAUGGAAUCAUGUUGGAAGCGGAUACGUAUAAUGCUUUGAUUAAGACGAUUCAACGAGAUUGUCGUGUUUUGGAAAGCUUUAAGAUUAUGGACUACAGCCUUUUAGUUGCAAUUCACAAUCUGGAUUUGGCAGCUAAAGAAGAAGCCGAGCGUCGUAGGAAUAAUUCUAUUGGCGAUGAAGAUAGUGGAGAAGAGAAUGGAGCUGUGGCAGGAACAUCGUCUGGGGCAACAGGAACUACUCAACCCCCACCUUUAGUUCGUAGCCGCUCCAUCAACCGUCAGAAAUUGGUGGCUCAUUCCACUGCUUUAGAAAGUAUCCAGGCGGAAAGUGAACCCAUUGACGAGGAAGACGAUGUUCCACCCGGUGGCAUCCCAGCUCGUAACGCUAAGGGCGAAAGACUUUUGGUCUUUCUAGGUAUUAUCGACAUUUUACAGAGCUAUCGGUUAAAGAAAAAACUUGAACACACACUCAAGGCCAUGAUUCAUGAUGGGGAUACGGUGUCGGUCCAUCGUCCUGGUUUUUAUUCGCAGCGAUUCCAAAACUUCAUGGCUAAGCAGGUCUUCAGAAAGGUGCCAUCACUGGAUUUGCCCGAGUUUAAAGGCAAACACCGUAAAUUCCGCAACUUGGUAUCCAGCUACUUAGCGCUGAAACAUUCGCCUUCUAAGAAGAAGCUGACAGCUCGGACACGAGCAACCUCCGUUACGGAUAGUGCUGCGCCAGCAAACUACGACCAGCUCGCCACAAGUCAAGAAUCAGCGUCAGACGCCGGAGCGAUCGGUGGUGUUUCGACUAUGCCACAUCCGACAGGAACGGGUUCAAUGUCAGGACCAGCAACUGCAGUUACGUUUAGCAACACAGUGGUUGGAGGCGGUGGUACGAGCGCUACUGGAAACAGUGUCGGCGGUGGCAUUGGCGGAAGCUCCGCUACUCCCGUCAAUUUACCCGCUGUCCUAAAAGACCGUGUGCCAAGCAACUUGAGACCGGGUUCUGGGGCUGGUCCCAGGGGCCCUCCUCCACCCGUUCCGCCGCGCUCGCCUAAACGGGUUAAUAUUGCCGUGCCGUCGUCUCAAGGAGGGGCAUCGGCAGGCUCGGCUAAAGUAUCAUUUCGACCAAGAGCCAGCAAUGAAGAUGGAGAAUCCCGAAGCCUACCAUCAUCUUCAUCUUCGUCAUCGACACCUCCUCCUGCAUUUGAGGAUGUUCUGCGUUCGGGUUCAUCGGAUAGGCCCCGUGAACAGCCGAUGGCCCAGACUAGCCGAGCUGGAAGUAAAUCGGCUAACAUCUCGACAAAGAGACAAACGGAGACAACCGUAAGCAGGAACUGGACGUCGCAAGCUGAAGCUAUCAGGAAUCCGCAAUUCGGGAAGCAGAUCGAAACAUCAGUGGUCAGUCAUACCGAAGAAUUGGUUUGCAUGACAAGUCAUCAUAUCUUCAGCAUGUCCGAAGUCCAGCUGGAGGUACGAUCGAACAGCAAAGCGUCAUCACUAGGGAGUGGGGAAAUCUUAAGAAUGGCGAGCGGUGUUCUUUCCGGAGGCCAUACACCGACCCCGACAUGGACGGAAGGAACGCCUUCCUUCACUGAAUCAUCAUCUUCCGGUGAAUUAGGAUUUUCAGGAUCGCCGAAAAUGAACCAAACUUCGGCCAACUCGUCCCGCGUUCAUGCCAAGGUUGUCAACGAAGGAAGUAUGUCUCCGAGUUUUCAUCAGGAUUCUGAAAUGGUGAGUUCCGUUCGCAUUCCGUGAACAAUUUUGCUGUCCUGGAAAAAGGCGGACGACAGCACAACGAGCAAAAAACCAACGAACUUUUCGAGACUGUGCUGGUUCCUAUUAAGCGAAUCUUCUUUCCGAAUUUCCUAUACGUCUUCCGUAUUGCCCAACAUUUUCUUUAAAGUGUAGAGGAACACAAACAUUUGUCUGACCUUUUUUUUUUUUCUCAUACUGCCUGGACAACUUCUUAUUAUAUUAUCGGCUUGAUACCAUAACUUGUUCCUCCGGUUUUGGUAAAAAAACGUUUGCUGACCAGUGACAAUAGCCGGACGCGGAAGGAAGUUUUCCUACACGCUAGUAGUUGCAGACGGGAUUGAAAAAUCCUUUUUGUUUUCACCGCGCGAUAUUACCGGGAAGAAAUCUAUCGAAAUUUAGGUGCCCCCCAAAAAAUCCCAGUCUGUUUUCUCUUCGUCUAGAUUACAAAGAAGCUAAUCGUUGAUAUCGGACUUGUACAUUGAACCGUUUACAGACUCACCUGUAAGAGAGCUGAGAUUAGCUGGGAGCUUUGCGGUGAACAUCUUGGAUUGCUGGAGAAAAACUGAAGAAUUGGAGAAGAAGAUAGAAAUGGAGAAGCAAAAUGUUUUGAUGGACGAUGGUUUCGUGAAUGUUUGCCUUCUAUUUGCUUAGUCUCUUUGCGUACUAUUUUUGCUGUCGCUGUUAUCACUACAUCCUACUCUUCGGUGGGUUAUUUCCUUCCUCGUCUCGUGUGUCUCUUCUAUGUUUUUAUGUAACAAAAAAAAAAGAAAAGAAAAAGAAAGAAAGUGAGGUCCAUUCGAUGCUGUUCUUGUGUGGAAAUUCAACGUGAACACUGCCCCUGUCGUUUGAUCAGUGGUUUGUAUAUCCAGAGUUGAUAUUUCCACCUAUAAAAGAUAGUUGUGAUUCUCUCGCUGGUUUUGGUUCCUUAUUUUUUGGCUGUUUAUUCUUUUCAUUUUUUUUUUUCUUUUGCUCGUAAUGACUAUGGUCGAUGUUCUGAAUGGUUAUGCCCACACACAUGGUUUCUAUUUUGGAAACCUAAAGAAAAUCGUCUUAUUACUAUUGUUUUCUAGUUAAUAUUUGUGGAUGUUUUCAUUCGUUAUCAUUCGGUGGAUGGUUUGCCUGUGGGCUUAUUAUGAUUCCGUAUUGGGGUCGUGUAUUCUUUCUCCUUUUCCUGUGGCCAAUCUUUAUUACUCCCCCCAUUUUCGUGUGUUGCUCUGUCAAAUGUUUUGGUUCUUUUUUGGCAGGUGGCUACGUCUGCCCAUUGCCCUCCUUUGCUCGUCUUUCCUUCUGCGUGUGGUGUUUGUGGGAAUAUGCAUUCAUUAAAUCCUGUUUUUUUACGAAGCAAUAACCGCCAGAGAGUGCUGGAUCUGUUUUUUUGUACAUUGAUACACCUCAUCUAGUUCUCUAUAUCCUAAUUCCCUUUAUCUGUACAAGUAAUGCUUCGUUUUUUUCCUUUUCGUUUGUCUAAAAUCUCAGCGUGUCGGCCAUGACGGUGCGUACUGUGUAGCUCUACUUUCUCUGCCUAUUCCUCUUUGUCAUGUGUCUCUUACCGUUAAACAAAAGAUUAUCACAAUUAUCUCUUUGCUGUGUUAGAAAAAAAAAUUACCUUCCAUCCUGUUCAUAACGUUUCUUUUUUUCCUGCAGUAUUUUAUACCUAUUCUGUAUGUGUUAUAAAUAUUCUUUUUUUUUUCUCCUACUAUUUUCUGUCUCCUCUGAAUGACUAUAUCUCCCGAACCUAUGUAACAGCGCUGGCAAUGUUUCGUGGUUUCUUCAUUGUGUGCUUAACUGGAGACUAUAUCAUUGAAUGUUUUAUUCGUACUUUCCCUUCUGUUGUUCUACAUACAUAUUAACUGUCAAACUGUGAGUAGAAAGAAGUGGAUUCAAGUUGAAGGAAACAUUACAAUAAAACCGGAAGAA